AUGUGGCCGAAAUGGUUUACAACUAUAGUCCCACUAAUAAUAAUGAUAAGUGUCGCUUUUGCAAAGCCAAACAUUGUUAUAUUUGUUGUGGAUGAUCUCGGUAUCUCAGAUCUCGGCUUUUUUGGCAAUGACACGAUUAAAUCUCCGAACAUCGAUCGGUUGGCUGAACAAGGAGCUCGCCUGCGACAUGAUGUCACGCCAGAUGCAAUCUGCACACCAAACAGGGCUGCACUGCUAACAGGAAGGUAUCCCAUUCGAUCAGGACUGGCUUCAGAUGAGGGACAAGACCGAGUGUUCCUUCACACGGCAGCAUCUGGCGGUCUGCCCCAAAAUGAGACUACACUUGCUGAGAUAGCGUCUGCCGCCGGUUACAUAACAGGUUGGUGUGGUCUUGUGUCAUGUGAUUAGGUUAAACUAUUUUUUUUCUUCCAUGAAUUUUUACUGUCACGGGUGUCCUUCGAGAAAAAAUUCGUACGCGCACUAGUUUUUCUAAAAUCUUAGCAAAUUACAUGUCAGAAGAAAGCGUUGUGAAUAUAAUUUAAGAGCUAAUGUCAGCAUGCAUCAAACAAACAGCGGCAAGUCACCCAAAUUUGUUUUCACUCCUACUUUCAUAUUUUAUAGCCCAAUAUGUUCUAAUAAUUGUGGUGUAGUUUUUUUGUAAAAAUUUAUUUUAGUUUUCGAGAAAUAAUUUUUUUCGUUCGACCGCUCAAAUAUGCAAAUUUUCUCCGUGAAUAUUACCCGAGUUGUGUGACCUCAUGAAACGAAUGUACUUGACCUACGGUAUUUCUGUGAACAUAAUCCUUUGUUUUAUCAUCUAAACUUAAUUCCCUGUCGUUAUUGAAGCUGGCAAAGAAAUAUUUAUUUUUUGGUGAAUAUUUUUGUCCGACAUACUUUUCCUAUGUCGAAAAGUAGCAUCAAAACAAAGACAGUUUUAACAAUGACCGAUAUGACAGAAUCUACUGAGCUUCAAGAUUUUAAAAGACCAAAGAAUGGUUAUAAAGUUACUGUAAAAAUUUCCUUGUGUAUUUGUGUUGUUCUAUCUUGAGACGAACUCAAAGUUCGGCAAAAUUUACUUGAUAGCGACUAUGGAAUAUACAUGGUGCGCCUAGUUGUUGCCACCGUUAACUGGCAUAAAUCACUACAAUUUGCAAAAAAUCAAACAUAACAAUCUUACCUUGUUUAUUUAUGAUUUUAUUAGCCGUUUCGAUUAUUAUAUUACGUCUGGGUAUUACUUUUUGACAGGAGCCCAGGUUUUGCGUUCUGUUUUCCCCUCCCUCUUUUUUAUCAUAAGCUAGUCACGCAAUAAUUGAUACCGAUCAUCAAGAUUUCCCGGGAAAAGUAACCAAUUGCGGAUACCUUAAUUUUUUUUUAUCUCGAUCGCACAGCGGAGCGUGGAGGAGGACGACACAAUAAUGAGCAAAUUUGCCAAAGGCAAAGGAAAAACCCGGGGCAAAAAUGGAAAAACCGAAAAAUGUGCUGAGGAGCAAGACAACGAAUUGACAUACAGCUUCUAAGAUUACGAUUCGAGGCGAUUGUUUAUGUUUUUGUAUCAAAAGGAAACCUCGUUUUGUACAUCUUAUUUGGCAAAUUUUGGUUUGAGGAUGACUUCUUUUUUUCGAAAUCUGGACGCCAGCGUGGAGCUCUGCCAGUACCAGCCGCUUUCACGAAGGAAUUUUUUUUCUUUUCCUGACAGAAUGGUACUCUUUCUUUCUUUGGGUCUGUUUUUUUUUUUUUUUUUUUUUUUUUUUUUUUUUUCUUACCAAGGACUUUCUUCCGCUUUAGUUUUUCCACGAUCAAAGAUUUUUUUCAAAAACAUAGAACUUUCAUGUGUGAAUUUUGUAAACUGUGUGAUAUAAAUUAAACAUGAAAAUCAUGCCUAAUCGAGCGCCAACAUGAGUGGUUGCCGUGAAAAUUCCCCCAGGGGAUUCGCCCAGGUCCGAGAUUGUGACACCUUUCAGGUUUACUAACUUCUAUUUGAAAAUACGUUUUUCUAAAUAACUUGGGUGCUUUUAGAGAUUUCAGAAUUUUUUUCAUGGAAACGUUCGGUUGAAUGUUUGAAUUCAGUUUAGUCAUAACCUCAUCACGGUAUAUUGUGUUCUAAAUAGAAAUUUGAACUUGUAUUUUACGUGGUGUUUAGUUUUCCUUGCGGCACGAAACGAUUUUUCUUUUCCAUUCUUACAAUUCUAUGUUGGUAAAAUUGUUGAGUGCUUAUGUCUUUCUGUGGUUGGACUACUCGACUACGCCAACAUGGUGCCAACAUCUUGCAAAGCCACAUAAACCGAAAACCUCUCUGAAGAAGUCUGUUUUCUCUUCUUUUGAUCGACUAAUGAAACAUGCUAUUGCGUGAAGCGUCCGUUGAAAUCCUAUCUGCUACUUAUUUAGUCUCGUCGCUACCAUCGUUUGGUGUCGUCACGCAACUCGCAUUCUCCGGAAGAUAGGGUCAGAGAGCGCGUUGCGUGACGAGACUAAACAACGGCUGAGUAGGAGACGACUACUUCCCAAGACGAUGCUAGUUAAAGGUACCUUUCCUGACAAGGCCCUCCGCACCUUUUUCUGUUUAUUACUUUUAUUAGUAAGCCCAUAGUAAUUGUCGUUUGCAGUUUUCGUCGUGCGGAUUUGAUGUCAACAAAUGCGUAACAUGGUUGCAUGUUUGACUGUUUCAGCAGUACUAAAUAAUAGACUGAUUUAGUAAGAGGACGGGAACGUCAUUUCAGAACGGGAAAGCGCGCGGAUAGUCUGGACACGACUCUAUUUCGACUUCCGGUGUUGGCGUUGCCGUUCUCCGCAACAAGUUCAGGACGUCAUUAGACAGGUUUUCCCGUCGCGAUCAAAAUGCCUGGGAUUUGCGUAAAUUUUGCGCCUAUAAACGAGAUAAUGCUGUUUGGAAUUAUCUCAGAACUCAUUUCCAGGAUAACCUGGUUCCUUCCUUUGGUUUAUUCGGUGUAUUUUGGGAAAAUUUACCGCUUCAUUUAUGCUAAAUUCUCGAAAGGAAACACAAUCGUUGGCAAACGCCGGAUCCAAGAUUUUAGGGCUCAGCACACUUGUUAUUGAGCAAGGCUUAAAACAGCGAAAGGGCUGUACUUUGAUACAUUUCUUUAAUCCUGUAUGAAAACUCUAAGAAUGGGACGCUUUUAAUUUUAUCAUGAAUCAUUUCAUCAAUAAAUUAAACUUGCUUCAUGUUGAAGUUUAUCAAAAUGAAUUAUCACGACGCUUACCUCAUGUAUUAUUCAGUGUGAUCUUUUGUUAUUGUCGUUUUCACCGUGAUUGAAAACUUUUCCGCGAAUUGAAGUCAGAUAUGAAAUAAAAUUGAGAAUAGCUCAGGUAUGCACUUUUUUAUGUUUGAAAUUUUUGAUCAGCGCCGAUGAAAACUAAGACAAGAAAGUCAUGCUCUCGCUUCGAAAUAAAAUGACAAUCAACUUGAUUUCGGCACGGCUUUCUAAAUCGAUUAAUUUGAUUCAGUCUUGAACGACUUCAUUCGUUACAAAAUUAAAAUAAACAAAAACGGAGUUGGACAAUUUUAAAAGAUUUGGCCGUAGGAUCUGGCAUUUUUUUGACGUCUUUUCCUCCAAGAAAUUUGCCACAAUCAUUCUAUUUUGUCGUCAAUAUUUUUAAAAGCUCAGCAGUUAAUAUAAAUUUACUCUUAUUUUUUUCUGUUCGACAGGUAUUGUGGGAAAGUGGCAUUUAGGACUCCACAAGUCGUCAGGAUCCGAUUUCCACUUCCACCCUUUGAAGCAAGGUUUUGAUUAUUUCUAUGGGCUGCCUCUCACUAACUUACGAACCUGUGAACCCGGCCAAUAUCUCAUAAACAUUGUUUACCCAGCCCUGAAACCGUUCAAUGUUCUUGCUUCUGGGGUAGUCAUUGGAGUAACAUUGUACAUCCUGUACCUGGCUGGUGUGCUUAACCAGAUUACCUUCCUGUCCUUGCUUACCCUCGUUAUUUUGAUCUCCUCUGCACAGGCCGGUUGGCUUUUAAUACUCUCCAGAUUAACGUGCAUUGUUUUGAAAGACUAUGAACUUGUAGAGCAACCUGUCCUUUUAGAAAACUUGACAGCAAGGUUUACAGAUGAAGCAGUAGGUUUUAUCCACAGAAACAAAGACAGUCCUUUUCUCCUGUACAUGUCGUUUGCCAAAGUUCACACCGCUUUGUUUACUACCAAGCCGUUUGUCAAUCAUAGUGUUCAUGGUCGUUAUGGUGACAAUGUAGAGGAAAUGGAUUGGAGCGUGGGUCAGAUCAUGGCUGCUGUGGAGGAACUGGGACUGAGAAAGAACACGUUUGUGUAUUUCACAUCAGACAAUGGUCCGUACAUUGAAGAAGUUAGUGAUACUGGUGAAUACCAUGGUGGAUGGAGCGGAAUCUACAAGGGAGGUAGGAGAAACACAGGAACUCUUGUCAUUAAUUUCUUGAAACUAGGACAGGAUUAUACGAGAUCACUUUAUCUUCAUAUAGGUCACGUGUUACAUUAGUACAAGUAAGGGAGGGGGGGUACACGAAAACAAGUUAUGUUUGUUUUUUAAAGAUGAAUGGAUGACAUUUUCUCCCCAGGCAUGCUGGAGGGGAGGGGGGAUGGGGGAAAGGGAGAAUGGUUAGGUUUGGGGAAAAAAGCGUUAAAAAGGAGAGGAAACAAUUGUGAAGUAACCUUCGUUUGCAUUUUUUAGUAAGAUUGCGUAUGUCAACGCCAGUUGUAUCAUUCAAACUGAACACAGGAUGAUUAAAGUUGGAUAAUGUUUUUUUUUGUUUUCCUUAGGGAAAGGACAGUGUUGGGAUGGUGGUGUCAGGAUGCCUACAAUAGCAUCAUGGCCAGGUCACAUUCCAGCUGGGAUCUCAAUUGAUCAGCUCACCAGUUCUAUGGACUUAUUACCUACAGUUGCCAAACUAACUGGCGCAGAUCUUCCACAGGACAGAAUUAUUGAUGGAAAAGAUCUCUUACCACUAUUGACCAACCAGACACAAAAAUCCUCUCACGAGUUUGUUUUCCAUUAUUGUGGAAAUCUGGUCCAUGCUGUUCGUUAUCAUCCAAAGGACAGUGGCACUGUAUGGAAGGCACACUUUAUGACGGCUAAAUGGAGCGAGGGAACUGAAAGCUGCCGCGGAAGGGGUAUCUGCUGGUGUCAUGGAAAUCUAGUAAAUGUCCAUGAUCCUCCUCUGCUUUUUGACAUAACAGACGAUCCAUCAGAAAGCUCCCCCAUUGCUCCCAAUAAUCCAGAGUAUAUAGAAGCCAUGAAAUACAUUCACCCUGCAGUUAAACAGCAUAACGACAACAUUGACAGGGUCCCAGAGCAGCUGGUUUGGUCGAAGAAUCGUGUUCAUCCUUCAUUGCAGAUGUGCUGUAAUUUUCCUUACUGCACCUGUGAAGAAACUGAUAAAAAAAUUAAACAUUAUCCUAAGGAUGUUUGAAGUAGGUGACAAGACAGUUUGAGCAUGAUGAAGAAAAAAGAAAAGUUGAUUUCGACCACGGUCCAAAAUGUUAGACAAGAGAACAUUUGCAAGGGAUGAGGUAUCAGAAGCUAUACUAAGCUAUAUAACACGUAAUGUUACUGAACAGGUACUGAAUGAUUGAUUUGAUGGUAUUAGUAUUCAAUGAUGACGGUCUGCAUGUUUCCCGGGGUUGCACAAUCGGGAAAACACGGGACAAUGCUUUUAGAAUAAUUUGCAUCAACAAGAUAACCACUCAUCAUUCCCUCCAAGACCUUUCAGUCAUGCAAUGUUUAGAGACAAAAACGUUUGUUGUUUUUUUCUUGCGUUAGGGCAAUUUUCAAUUGAAUGUCGAAAGUCAUCCGAGAUUGGUUUGGGUUUAGUUAACUUCGCUCUGUGAUUGGUCCAGAAAACAUACGUCAACCUCUCAACCAAUAGCAAUCAGAUGUAAAUCGCGGCUUAGUUAUUCGUGUUUUCGCGCGCUUUCGGCAGUUUCAUUAUUUUCACUUUGAAUUCUCGUUGGUUAAAGGUAAUGUAAACCUUUGUUCUGAUUGGUCACUGGGAUUACUUUGGUUUGGGUUUGUCUUCGCUCAAUUGAAAACUGCGUUAAUAGUGUGCGAGAAUCAAAGCGGCUGGAACAAACCACAAAUUCUUGUACCCAGGUUCCUCCACUACGGACGUUGGAGAUCGGGUUCGGCACGAGGGCACGCAACGCAUAGUUUACAUUGAAUGGACAAGCUCAUGUGAGAAAAAAAAAAAAGCUGAUCGUGAUUCAAUUUUUCUUUUUCUACAAUGGUUCAUGUUUAGCAGAAACAUCAUUUAUGGGCCGGUUAUUUGUGCGAGUUCUAUCCCAAACCACGGUUUUACGCAACCAGUGGGUCUCAGGCUUUCUCAAUAAGAGGGUUUAUUCAAUCAAAUAAAUGUCUUUACACUUUUAACUUUCGGCUCUCUUGACACUGUAUGCAAAAAUAAAUAUUCAGAUAAAAGGUUCGCGGUUUUGUCAAAGAACGGUUCAACUUUGUUUGAAAACCGGCUCUAUAGGUUUCAAGAAAAAAAGAUUUUAACAGUUUUAAACGUUUUCUUAAGUACCCUGGUCUAUCGGCCACUCAUGUUUCACUUGCAGACAAUGAAAGUGUUGUUUGCCCUUUCCGUAUUCCUGCGAUUUGUAUUCGUAAACAAGAGCGUCGAUCAAGCUUGAAUCGCCUACUUCAUUUCCAACUUUUCAAAUGAGUGUAGUGGGUUUUAAGUCUACGAAAGCACGACAUUCGCAAAAUCAUUUGUAUUUAGACGAAACUGUUAUAUCGUAUUAUUAUCAGAUUUUUGUCUUUGUGUAUGUGCUCUUUCAUCUCUGAAAUUUAGUGUGAAAGAGCUUUUACCAUAAACAAAAGGAGCUGAACUGUCUUUCCGACUUUUUUCGUCAAAGUCGAGAACUGGGACCUCACUAGUCAUGGCGUAGCCUUCGCUCCAAUCUCGAGGCCUUACUUUCAUGACGAGCUUUGCGCACCGAAAACAUUUAUGCAAAUUAGGCUGAGGCAGAUUUGAGAUCCGCCUGGCAAUCAUUAACUGUAAGAGAAGAACUGACUUCGCGCCCAUAGUUCGAUGAAGGUAGUAAGUAAAGCCUUUAUACAGGCCCAAGUGGCCCAUGAGGCCGGUGCUUAACUCCGGUUUUCUUAGCAUGAAGCUGCUAGGAGUAUUGCUACUCCCCCCUGGAUGGGAUGCUAGUCCAUCGCAGGGUUACCCCCAGCACAUUUGCUGGUACCCAUUUGUACACCUGGGUGAAGAGAAGCGCUGUGAGAGUAAAGUGUCUUUCCUAAGAACACGACACAAUGACCCCGGCCAGGGCUUGAACCCGGACCACCCGAUCCGGAGUCGAGCGCACUAAUUAACCAUGUGGCCACCGCACCUCUACAUCGAUGAAGGUAUUGCGGAUGAAUUUUCGGUAAUUACUUUUUUGGCACUUUUCGGCGUCCAAAUAUGGCAUGGCGAAUUCAGCAGACCUUUCUUGUCAUAAUAUGAAUGUUUUCCAGAUAGGGACACGCGUUAAUGUCAGCUUCACUCGCGUGAUUGCAUUUUUCAAGGUUAAACCCUCGCGUGGAACUAACAACUCGUGUUUACUUUAAAGUGCACAAUGUAAGCCAAAGAAAUGCUACAAUUUGACUCAAUGAUCGAAAUUUUUUUCAAAGAAUAAUAAAGGAUCGACACCGACCUUAAGCGUCGGCUUCACUCGCGUGGAGUCAACUAUUUUCCCUUCGCUCUGACGAAGGGCUAACGCUCGAAACGUCAGCUUUUUUACCCUUUACGGUGGCCAAUUUACGUUUUCAACUCAGUUGUUAACACUAAAUUACCUGCUAUUUUCCCUAGCCCCCAGCGAAACAUACAAUGCAAAUUUGCUGACCCAUUCUAUUGAGACACACAACUCGACAGUGGCUCAGAGUUAAAACGGAUGAGUUUUCCACCAAAACCAUGUAUUUUUCGAUUUUUAAACGCUAACAAAAAUGUAGUAAUGGUAUGUCCACUCCGGAAGAUAGCAGCGCAAACAUCAGCAAGCUCUAACCGCGAUGAGAACAUUCAUGCAUCUCACAGCGCAACAGAACUCGUUUUUUUUCCCCGACUAUAUUGGCCUGUAAAGAAAUAUAUUACGGAAUUUAGCGGCACAUAAUUGGCUAAAUGCUAAGUAAGUAAUGUACUUUAAAGCGAUCAUUAAAAGAGUAAAAUCUUAGAAGUUUUUUUCCUGCCGAGGUUUCCUGACGCGCCGCUGCGAACACUACUAACUACAUGUAUUAGGCUGCGAGAAAAUAGAGAAGUCGAAAAAGUUCUUUACUCACAAACCUCUUUUACAGUCUAUGACCGAUAUUACAUCUCGUAUCUCAAGUCAAUAUUCAAGCAAGGGAAGUUAUCACAGUGGAGACUGGAGUUUGAAAUGUAAAUGCAAUGGAAUACGUUACAAGAAGAGGUAUUUUACUCGUUGGUAAUUUCAUUCUUAAAUCACUUAUUGAUUUUAAAUGAAACAUCCACGAGAAUUAGGGGCAGACACCACCAAGACAAAAACAACAUCGACAGAAUAAAAUACAAGAAAGUUAGUCAACAGAACAUGCCCUUACUAAAUGGUGUUGAUUCAGUUCGAAUUGGUUGGUCAUCGCAAAAGGAGAACUAAUUUUUUAAUUUAAAAAAACAUGGCCUUUUCGUCACGACUUUUCAUGGUUAACGUUGAAUUAAAUCUGCAAAGGAAAAGAUAUGUACAGUCCAAACGAGUGAAUUUGAUCUUGCUGAGAUUCAUGCUAAAAACUAGUUUGUUCUAAAAUAAAAACGAAUCUAAAAUGAACAAACUUCCCAAGACAGACAGAACCAGAAGCCAAAACCUCUCUUUCACUUGCUAAAAAAAAAAAAAAAAAAAAGAAAGGUUCUGCCUUCAGAUAACAACAGCCCAAAUAGGACUGACUACCCAAGAGAGGCAGAACCAGGUGAAAAAAAGGGAAGGUUCUGCCUUCAGAUAACAACAGCCCAAAUAGGACUGACUACCCAAGAGAGGCAGAACCAAGCGAAAAGGUGCUCAUCAUAGCUUUUAGAGGUUAAAAAGGGCGGGUUUAGUGCCUCUUGGGCUGUUCAGCCUCAAAAGGUCCACAGCAGCUGCCACCGUGAUACCUGUCAGGGUAUUGCACCAAACAUAUGUGACAGUGUGUUGUUGUAGAAUUGGUGCCUCUCAGGGGUGAAAAAAUCUUACGCCACGCACACAAACCAAGACCAUGGUACAUUUGUAUUUCUUUUAGAACUACUGCAUACCGUGAGUGGUCAACACUUGUAACAGCGCCUCUACUGUAGCCCGACUUACGAUCUUAGAUCGUCUUGUUUCUUGAGCAAAGCUAGUCAUGGUAACAAUAAUAGAAAUCACGUGACAAUAAUAGCGUGACUGAGUCAUUCGGUCUUUCAGUUCAAUAUGUUAAAUCUACAUUGGUUUAGGCAACCAUAGUUGCUAGUUUAAAAUCAUCGAUAAUUAUGCUGCAGAACUGCCUUAGCUUUAUUGUUCUCGUUCUCGUGAUGAAAAAAGCAUCGGCCAAGCCAAACGUUCUUAUAUUUCUUGUGGAUGACAUGGGAAUCGGAGAUGUGGGUUGUUUUGGUAAUGACACGAUUAAAACUCCAAACAUUGAUCGGUUGGCUGAACAAGGAGCUCGCUUGCGACAUGAUGUGACGCCAGAUUCAAUCUGCACGCCAAACAGGGCCGCAUUUCUUACAGGAAGAUAUCCCAUACGAUCUGGACUGGCUGCAAGCAGAGGCCAAUUAAGGGUUUUAGUUUUCACUUCGGCUUCCGGCGGUCUGCCUCAAAAUGAAACAACAUUCGCUGAGAUCGCAUCUGCUGCUGGCUACAGAACAGGUUAGUAAGUAUUCAAAACUAUACAGCUUUAUGAAAGACUGAACUACCUUUUAAGCGGAAAACAACCUCAUUUUAAAGAAAUGAGCAGCCACUUUUAUUAAACCACUUCGACAACCGAUGAUAUCGCAGUAGUUUCUCUGAGUCUCGCUUGCGAGACCUCCAUGUAAUUUGAUCGCGUUUUAAAAUGGACCAUGCCAGAAUUUGGAACUGUGAAGAUAAACACAUUGGGGCACAUUAAGCAGUUUAGAAUACCAUAACACUGCGAAAAAAUAUAUCACUGACAUAGCAUCAUCUGAUGAAAAAUUGACGAAACACCGCCGCACGCAGCUGAACGCAUCACAAAGCAAUGCUAAUUACUCACAUUUAUUGAUUGUGAAUUAAUUCAAAUUACUGCUUAUCGUCCGGGUCUAAUGGAUACGUUUUCACACAUCGUAUGACUCCUUCUCACCUUAUUGUUUCAGUUUUUUAGAACUGGAUCGGAACCUUUCUCCUUUAAAGAACUUGUGGCUCCAAGUUACUAGUCCUUAGUUAUCGCGUGGGGUUCGGCAGAUGUCUAGGGAAUCACACGAUUGUCAAGGGGACCGGAGAGGGGAUCAGUCGUCCUUAUAAAGGGGUAUUAAGUGGGGGGGGGGGACUAUUGAAAAUUGAGAAAUAUUGUUAGAAUACUACAGAGUACAGAGCAGGUAAAUUUGGUUGUGAUACAAGUUAAGUCGUCUGCCCCCCCCCCCCCCCCCUCUGCGGAUGAUAUGUAUAAUGACCGGUUCCUAAGUUAGCCUAAAUUUUGUCUCGCCAAAGUCGAUUAGAGACAUCGAAUCUGGGAACGAGAAUAAUAUUUCGAGAACUCAACACAAGGUUACCACUCCAGUCCUCGUCGGGCGAUGAGGUUGAAUUCUUAGAAUUACGCUUGAGGAAAUACAUUCAAUUACCAAUGGUGUAGCUCCAUUUUCUGCAUAUUCUCACAAAUAGCGUAGAUCCAUUUUCUGCAUAUUCCCACAAAUAACGUAGCUCCAUUUACGGCAUAUAACUACCAACAUAACCCUCAAUUCCUCCAAUCGCUCUGACGAAGGGCUAACGCUCGAAACGUCAGCUUGUAAACCUUGUACGGUGGCCAAUUUCCGUUAUCGACUCAAUUGAUAAUACCAAAUUACCCUGUUAUACUCUUACUUACUCCCCCUACAUUCACUGGCUGUUUUGUGUCACGCUAAAAUCGACCUGAUUCUUUUAUAAGGCUCUGUCAUUGGCAGUCAAAUGACAGUCAAUUUCAUUGUCCCCCCCUCAUUGGCAGUCAUCAGUGUGCCUCGGUCGUCGGACGCCACAAAAUUGUUGCCUAACUAUCUUGAAGGUGAAACUGAGGACUUUCUGCGUCAACAAAAUUGAUAACUAUCCCGGACUUUCUAUACUUCGUUAGUGACGACUGAUUCCCUUAUGUUUCCCCUGAAAACCAAGUGAUCUUUCCUGACAUCCUCCUCCCCUCAUUGCCUCCUGCCCACAUCUAUAACUCACUAUUCGUCUUUUUUUUUCUUAUCAUAGGGGUCAUAGGGAAGUGGCAUCUUGGUCUUCAUUCCUCUUCAAACUCAGACUUUCAUUUCCACCCUCUGAAACAAGGUUUUCAUUAUUUUUAUGGUCUGCCAUUAACCAACCAUAACUCUUGUCUCUUCGGCGGUAAGCACCCCAAAUCGCUUACAUCUCGAGGACUCACACCAGCAAAAAUUCUCAUAGCGGCUUCAGUGGUUGCAAUAACAUCGUUCAUUGGCUACUUUGCUGCCUGGUUGAACAAGAGCACCUGUGCGCUUUUGUUAACAACAAUCUUGUUACUUAGCAUUACUAUUUUAAGGUACGACAUGAUGAUAGCUCGAUUCAACUGCUUUGUAAUGAAAAAUUACGAGACUGUGGAACAACCUGUCAUUUUGGAGAGUCUGACUGCACGGUUCACAGAUGAAGCUGUUAACUUUAUCCGUGCAAACCGAGACAGGCCCUUUCUCUUGUACAUGUCAUUUGCGAAGGUACAUACAGCCCUGUUUAAUACACCAGCAUUUGUCAAUCACAGUGUUCAUGGUCGCUAUGGUGACAAUGUAGAGGAAAUGGAUUGGAGCGUGGGCCAGAUUAUGGCCGCAGUGGAGAAACUUGGUUUGAGAGAAAACACAUUUGUGUAUUUCACAUCUGAUAAUGGACCUCACUUAGAAGAAGUUAGUAACACAGGUGAAUACCAUGGUGGCUGGAACGGGAUUUUCAAAGGAGGUAAGACUGAAAAAUCAGAAGAUAUUAGCCAAAAGCGCACACACUAGGCGAGAGAAAAACUCUUCUUCGAUUUUUUCAAGACAUAUUCUUACUGUUACCGCUCGCUCAUCUACCUCUUCCAUUUUCUUGUUGAUGAGAAUUGCAAAACUUGAAUGGAAAUUUUUUAUAUGCUGGAAAGUUGCUCACUAGAAAGACAAAUGCUAAAAAAAUGCCAAAAAUCCAAAAAGUUGCGAACAAAAUUUCAAAAGCUGCUACCUAAAUUUCUUGAUGUUUUCAUAUAGACGUUGAGUGCUUUAUUCUUCAUUCUUCAUUCUUCACAAUAACUGCUAACCCUUGUCAAGAAACGUAUAACUUGAAAUCUUUCGGCAAAACUGUCUUUCCGUCAGUUUUGCCGAUGGUUUAAAUUUGCUGCUCAUAUGAUAAACGGAAAUUUUGAAAAAUCCCGUGUGUAUUUUAAAGCUGUUUCCGCCGUUGUUCCAAAGUGGCCAUAUACGGUCAUUUUCAAUCAUUUAACAAAGCCUAUUUUAAUCAAGACCAAACGUGAGUGAAAUUUAAGGAUACCAAUAAGUGUAACGGAACAAAAAACAUGGUUCAUUUGACGUCUUACCGAACGAUAAACUAACUCCGUGAUACAGAUUGCAUUCAAUAAUUCAUCAAAAUAUAACAAGGAAAUUGUGAUCGUGACGUUGGUUUACCUUUUUUUAUUCUCUGUUUUCUCUUACCUCUUAUUUCUGAUUCCAGUUUAUCGCGGUUUCUAGCAUUUGGAAACUCGCCCAAAUAUUCCAUUAGACUGACACUUCCAAGUUUCAGGUUUGGAUAUGGAAGUUUAAACACUACGUUCCAGCGAGAACUCGUUACCAUAAAAAGUUAAAUCUUCAUUUUUUGUUGUCUUUUAUAGGGAAAGGACAGUGUUGGGAUGGUGGUGUGAGGAUGCCUACAGUAGUAUCAUGGCUAGGUCACAUUCCAGCUGGGAUCUCAAUUGAUCAGCCCACCAGUUCUAUGGACUUAUUACCUACAGUUGCCAAACUAACUGGCGCAGAUCUUCCACAGGACAGAGUUAUUGACGGAAAAGAACUCUUACCACUAUUGACGAACCAGACACAGGAAUCUUCCCACGAAUUUAUCUUCCACUAUUGUGGAAAUCAGAUCCAUGCUGUUCGUUAUCAUCCUAAGGACAGUGACACUGUCUGGAAAGCUCAUUUUGCGACGCCAAAAUGGACUGAAGGAACAGAAUCGUGUAUUGGAAAAAGAAUAGCUUGUGGGUGCUUUAAAGAGCACGUGAAAAUUCAAGAACCUCCACUUCUUUUUGAUGUGAGCAAUGAUCCUUCAGAGAGUUUCCCCAUUGCUUCAGAUAGACCAGACUACCAACGAAUAGUGAGAGAUAUUUACCCUGCUCUCCAAGCACAUAAGCAAAGCAUUGCAAAUGUCCCCAGCCAGCUUGGACCCAAGAAUUCCUUUCAUCCCUUAUUGCAAAUGUGUUGUAAUUUUCCCUUCUGUAGUUGUGAGGAAACUGGAAGAAAACUUGAACAUUAUCCUAACUAG